CUAAUGCACGCUUCUAGAAUGGCAAGCUUAGAAGUUGUGGAAAUCAUUUUACGUUCCGGUGGCAAUGUUAAUGUUAAGAAUGAGUAUGGRCAGACGGCAUUGUUUUAUGCUGUGAAAAGCAAAACGAAAGAAAUAGCUCACAUUACCCAACUAGUCACUGUGCUCCUAAGUGCUGGAGCGGAUGUUAAUAUUGUCGAUAAGUACAACGAAACCGUGUUGUCUCAUGUGUUAAGAAGAAUGAAGGAAGAUAGUGAAUAUGCACAAAUGCGUCAACAUAAAAGUGAAAGCUCGUGGAUAACAGUUGCCUGCAAACUUGUACAAUAUGGAGUAGAUGUCAAUGUCAUGGAUGGUUUGGGAAGAACGGCUUUGUGGUAUGCUGUACGCCUUCUUGAUGAAGAAGCUACUAGAGUAUUAAUAGAAAGUGGCGCUGGAAUUGAUUUGCGAGAUGAAGAGGGAAUGACACCUUUGAUGAUUGCAGUAACACAAAGCAUGUUUUUAGACUCAUAUCAUGAACAUGAAUCACUCGUUAAGGUAUGUAAUACUUUAAUUACUGCUGGUGCCGAUGUAAAUGUGAAGGACAAACAUGGAAAAACACCUUUGAUGCACUCAUCCGAAGCGGGGGAAUUUGACAUUGUGCAAAGUCUUUUAAUAGCGAAUCCAGAAGUUAAUGCUGCAGAUGAAGACGGGAUGACAGCUCUAUUUUACGCAAUCAAAAGCAAAGAGAUUGCAACCAAACUUAUAGAGUAUGGUGCAUACAUCAGAAUCGCAGAUAACUCUGGCAAAACAGCUUUAAUGUAUGCAGCUGAAAAAGAUGAACGAAAUGUUCUGGAUGCACUCAUCACUAACGGUGCACAAUUGGACGCAGCGGACGAAAGGGGGAGGACGGCUCUAAUAAUCGCAGCAGCUUCAAAUCAUGUCACGAUUGUUAAUAAACUUAUAGCUGAUGGGGCCGAUGUGAAUGCUGCCGACAAUGAAGGAAUGACU